UGCAGUACAGGUGUAAUAUCGGGUUGCAGGCAGGCAGAUUAGCCCACGUCUACAUGGCUUUACUCAAACGAAACCAGAGGUGCGCUGCGGAGUUAGGAAUAUGCUCCGACUGAAUCCUCGCCUCGGAUUCUAAAAUCCCAGGGAGAAAAAAAUUCGUUCAAAAAGUCUGGAAACAAACUGGGAAAGGAAACCUGGGAUCACAUGCCGUCCUGGAGUUGUUGAAGUGAAAGUUUUCUGACUUGUUUCUGUGUUUAUUGAGGUGGAAAACUGAUAUUAUUGAUAAUUUCUGGACGCUCAUCGGUCAAUAUCGAAAAGAGAAGUUUGCCAAGGAGGUAUUAAUGCCAGGAUUUUUUGUGGACCUUCUGUUAAGGAACAUGUUGCUACCAGGCUGCUAACCAUAGUUGCAGACGACAAUAAACAGACGACACUUGCCUCGAGCUCCUUGUGCCAAGACAAGCUUUAUAAUGGAUUGUAGACCGUGCAUCUUAAUAAGCCUUUCCGUCCUCUUUUGUCUUGGAUUAACUUGUGUUUUGGUCAAGGCAGAUGACCACGAGUAUCGCCUUAUGCACGAUCUUAUGAAGAACUAUGACAGGAGAGUGCGUCCUUCCAAAAAUGCUUCAGAGGCUCUUAACGUGACAUUUGGGCUGGCCUUGGCCCAAAUCAUUGAUGUGGAUGAAAAAAAUCAAAUUUUGACCACCAACUGCUGGUUAAACCAGAUGUGGAUCGACCCUAAACUAGUCUGGGAUCCGAAUAAAUAUGGCGGCAUUCGAGUCAUUCGAGUUCCGUAUGAUCAAGUAUGGCUUCCUGAUAUCUUGUUAUAUAAUAACGCAGACGUUCAAGCCUUCAUGUCUUCGGUCAGCACCAACGUCAUCAUCAAUCACGUGGGUAACAUCACGUGGCUAUCGACUGUGAUAUACAAAAGUUCGUGUACAAUCAACGUGGCCAAUUUUCCCUUUGACGAACAAAACUGCUCCAUGCUUUUCUCUUCUUGGUCCUACGACGGCUACCAGCUAAAUCUGGUCAUGGUAUCGGACGAAGGUGACGUCUCAAACUAUAUGCAGAGCACUGAGUGGGUUUUGGUGAAACUUUUCGUGGAACGCAACGUCCAGUAUUACUCAUGCUGCGCCGAGCCGUACCCGGAUAUCACGUAUUACGUGCACAUUCGACGUCGCCCCAUGUUUUAUGUGUUUAAUAUGAUGUUGCCGUGUGUGUUAAUAACGCUUGUUGCCUUGCUAGGCUUUUAUGUGCCGUCGGACUCCGGAGAGAAAGUUACAAUGGGAAUCACGACGUUGUUGUCGAUGACUGUCUUCCUCAUGCUGGUCACAGAGAGCAUGCCGCCAUCUUCCGAGAAUUUACCUCUGAUAGGAAUAUAUUACGGAGUAACCAUAGCAAUAGUUUCUGGCGCCACGGCGAUGACUGUGUUGACGUUAAAUAUCCAUCACAAAGGAGUCCGUGGCAAAGAACCGCCACGAUGGGUGAAAAAAGUGUGCUUUAAAUAUCUUGCGAAGAUACUCUUCAUGAGACUCGAUUUGCCAGAAAAUAUGGGGCUAGAUUCCCCGCUUGCGGACGUUAUAGAUGGCCCCAAAAGCACGUAUAUUAGACUAAAAUCCAGUAACUCAUUUGGACGGAGAAGGAAGAACAAAUCGUCCAACAGAUACGAGGGUGCUUCCACGUCUACCACUGUUUUAAAUGGGGAGAGUAAGAAGACGCAGACAAAACUCCGCCGAGAUUCUCACACUCGCAGAAAUAUUCUCCCGUGUUGCUUAGGAGACGGAGAAAAGGAUGAUCAACAU